AUGCCGUAUCACUUUGAAGCAGCUUUUCUACAAAGCAGAAUAAUAGAGGACGUAGAGAGGCGUAUUGUAAAGUUUGCGUGGGAGCACGUGAUGUUUCUACAGUGUUUCAGUUAUCAAACCUGCAUCAUGGAGUGGCUUAUGAUGAGCCACAGUAGUUUUCUGAGUCCGUGUUGUACUUUAGGAUGGUUUGAAGGGAGUGAAUUUGUAACCAGUGAUGAAUGUUUGGCAUCCUUAAAAGCAAUGGAAUGUGAGCUUCUUCAAGAAGAAUUACUUUCUCGAAAUGUGCGGCUGAGUUUUGGCUUAUCACAUGUUGUUCAAAAAGAUUUAAUUCCUAUUUUGAUUCAUGAACACCACAACAAAGAUGUUUUGAAAGUUGUUUUGAGGUUGUUAGUGAAUCUUACACUUCCUGUUGAAUGCUUAAUACCUGUUAAUACAGCUUCCAAAACACCCUUUGGUAAAAACACCCUAACUCAGCUUUAUCACUGCCUGUUGGAAGGGAAAAAAGCUUUCCUUGAUGUAUGCUCAACUGCUGCAGUUAUUAAAAGCAUUAAGGAUACACUUAAGAGGGAAAAGGAAGAUUUUCUUGAGGAAUCUGAUUGUUCAUAUGUGAAUAACUGUCUUUUGUUGCUGAUGAAUAUUCUUCAUAUUCCUGAAAAAGUGGACAUUGUCAGUUAUGGUAUUGAUGAUAGUAUAUUCCUUGAAUUGCACAGUGUGCAAAACAAGCUUGUGUGGAACUUGUUUGUUCAAGGAUUGGAUGAGACUUUGCUGUUACUAGUAAACAACAAACACAAGGAGGCUUGGACUCUGGCCAUUGUGCAGUUAAUUGCUCUACUCUAUAAAGAUCAGUAUGUUUCCAAAAUUCAGCAACUCCUUACGUUGGUGUCUUCUGGUUCGGAAAGUUCAGGGGAAGAAACGGAGAGUGAUACAUCCAAAAAUUCAUCAACCAAUUUGAGUAGCGAUUCAUCAGCUAAGAAGCCUAGUCACAUUUACAAUAGUGACUCUGGUUUCAUUCAAACUUCUGAUACUUGUUCUUCUCAAAGCUGCAGCUCAUCACCUGCUAAUAAAAAGACACUGUCUAAAUGGGAUUCUAAUAAGUGUCAUGAAGAAAAGAUUAAACCAACUGAGUUUUCUCAGAAUGAACAAGAUGACUUGGUUAGUCAUGUGAACAAGUCAACACUCAAAUCUGUAUCGAGAUGUCUACCAAAUCUUACUGCAAAGGAAGAACAAGUUGAAAAGAUGGACAGCUCAUCAUCUGGUUUCUUCAAUGAUUUCUUAUCAUCUGAUGAAGAAAAUAAGGAUGAAACUUCACAGUGCAUUCAGGCUAAUGAAUAUCAUCGAGAGGGGCACACAAAGUCAUCUGCUAAACAUCGAAUUGUACAUUCAUUCUUGAAAGAAGCAGAAAGUGAUUCCAGUAAUGAAGAUGAGUCUGUUGUUCCAACAAAACAACGUAGUCACCCCCCCAUAGGAAGAAAAGGAAAAAGUAAUAACUCGGUUUAUGGAGUAAAGUGCUCUCCUUCUGUAUGCUUUGAAGCUGCUCUUGCAGCAACUGCAUCUAAGGGAAAGAGUUCUCUGAGGGAUUUAGUUUGGGACAAGAGAAAAGAUGUGCGUAUCCUACAUGAUGGGUCAACUCAUGGUCCUUCAGAUGAUGACAUCAGUAAUCUCUUGAAGGAUUUCACCAUUAGUUUUCUUCACAGUGGAUUCAACAAUUUGAUCCUGGAUCUCAUGAAAGUACUGUUAAAGCAAAAUGGACCCAUUUUAGAUAAAUCUCACUUGCUGUGGCUUCUUAGUUACUUUCUUCGUUUAGCUACUACAUUAAGUCUUGGACUGCAUCACAUCAGUUCCAUUUUGUCAGUGGAAAUCAUUGGCUACUUGACCUUUGAAGGUGUGUCAAUGUGUGAGGAGUUACAACUUCUCUAUAAAUCACAACAAAUUGACCUUCGACCUCUUUUAAGACGAAUGCACCUUCUUGUUACUGCACUACGUGAAAUGAUUUUUACAGUUGACUGUUAUUGUCAUAAGCCUAUUCCUCGACGAGAAAAACUAGUCUUUCAAAAUUUGAGAGGCAAACUUGUACGAAUGAAAGAUCUACGCCAGCUUUUCCUUCUUCUGAUUCGAAAUUACAGCCAUGAUGUCCACACAAAGCAAUAUUUAGCUGAUGUGAUCACAACAAAUCACUCACUUUUCUUACUGCUAGAUCGGGCUGUAAAUGAUGAAGAUAUACACGAAAAGUUUGAUCUUCUUGAUCAUUUACACCAAUUUACUACUGGUAAAGUAAUGGAGAGAUAUGGAAAAGUUUUAGAAGAUUUCAGAACUAAUAGUAAUUAUGUCAAUGACUGUGUCCUUACAAUGAUGCAUCAUGUUGCUGGAGACUUGAAAUCACCCGAAUCACUUUUCAAUCCUGUGAUCCUCAAGUCCUUUUCACAAAUAAUAGAAGAGGAGUGGGAUAUUUGUGAGUACCAGAGUGAUGUCAUUGGUUAUGUAAUGAACAAGUUUGUUCGAACUGCUCAGCGCAAGCCACAAAUAUGUUUACGUUAUUUUUUUCAUCAUAAUUUGGGAGAGAGAGAACAAAGUAGUGAUGAGGAAAGUGAUGGUAGCAGUGUCUCCUCUGACUGUAGCAAGAGCAGCAAUGAUGAUGCUCUUUACUGGUGGUACUUGCAGUUUGAACAAGACCCAGACCCAGUAGGAAGCAUUGUAGAACACUGUACUGAAAGGGAUAUACCUUGCAGCAGAGAACAGAUUUUAUGGCAGUUGUACUGCAAAGGGAUUGUGAGCCAUAAUAUAUAUGAUGUCCUGAAAGAAAAAGAAAAAAAGUAUGGAGAUCAGCAUGAUAACUAUUCAAACAGUAUUGACAUUUUGGUGAAAGAAAUAUCCAACGUGGAUGAUGGUUCUAAUACAGAUGAAAUUAAACAACAUGUAGCCAAUCUCUGUCAAGCAGGGUUGAAUCAACACAUUCUGUGGUUGCAGAACCUUCUACUAGAUUCAUGUUACGUUAAGUUAGCUUUGUGGAGAAACAACUUGCACGAUAUUGAAUAUCCUGUUCCACUUUACUCAAUGUUGUUGAAACAGAGCAUCUUGAUCGUGCCCUACAAUGAAGCCCAAGAAUUAGUACUUCACUGUGACUUGUUUGUUCAGUUACUGCACAAAUUAGGUUUUCACCUUCCUGCUGAUGCUGGUCGUGCUUAUCCCAGAAUACCAUGCUUCUGGACAGCGGAUGUUUUAUUCAGUGUAGCUACUAAACUUGGACCAGUUGACCCUGGUGGGAUAAAGUUUAUUAAUGAUAACUUAGAAGACUACAUUAGAGAGCUUCACAGUUCAGAGUUUGUCCAUCAGUCAUCUGUUCCAGAAGUGCCUCUACCUCCUUUCAUCCAUCAAUCAUUUGGUAAACCCAGGACUUCUAAAGUGCUUAACAAGAAGGCUGAGCUAGAAAUAUUAGCUAAACCAAAACAGGCCGUAUUUACAUUACUGGAAACUAACCAUGUAUUGGUUUCUCUGUAA